AUGCCCUUUAGCUCCCUGUUUGACUCUCCCGCCCGACAAACGCAAAAAACAAAGACGCAAACUGCACCACCACCACGUGCUGUCCGCUCCCGCUCCAUCGGAAAGCGCAAGUCCAUCUUCCACGUCGGACACAGCUCCAGGACGCACUCGUACACAGGCCGCCCACUGACUGCGAAGGAGAGACUACACGUUGCGCGUCAGCGGCUCCGUAAAUUCGAGAAGAAGGUUAAGAAGGAGCAGAGGAGGACGUGGCGCGUGCUUGAUCCCAGACCCUGUUGCGCCGUUCCAGCCCCUGCGCAGGGCGCACGCCGAUCCAAUAGACCCAGGCCAAAGGACCCCCGAGAACCGGCUGAAAGGAGGAGAGCAAUUGAGAAGCGGAAAAGGCGCAAGGAAGAGCGCGCUAAAGCCAAGGCUAAGGCGAAGGCUAGGAGGAAGUUGAAGCAGGCUAAAUUCCGUGAGAUACUCAUCGAGCUCAAGAAGAAACUUGGCCUUUGCUAA